GCGGAGCGGUCUUCCAGCGGUUAGAAAAAUAGAAUUCCGCCGGAGAAUUGCGCGUGUAAAAAGAAGAGAUUGUUGAAAAAUAGAAUUUUGGAAAACAAAUAUUUGGCAAAUAUUUUCGAACGUCGUGUUGUCAAACAACUGAAGUGAAAAUGAUCAAGAGUGAGGAGGUGUCGGAUCGUUCGGUCUCGAUGAUGGAUCAGCUGGGCUACUACCACGAUCCGCGCGCACACCCGCAUUUUAGCCACCAUACGCCACUGACCCACACCCACACCCACUCCCAUCCGCACAGUCACACCCAUAACGGGCAUUUAUACCGCUCGGGGAAUCUGCUGCCCGGCGGCAAUUACCAGACCAUGGGUGGCGGAGAAUCACCCACGGAGAUGGUGGACGAGAAGCCGAAUAUCAGCUAUAUGGAGGUCACGCCCACGGGCACGCCCGUUUCGGCAGCCCAGUACUACAGUCUGAGUGCCCUGCACAGCAUGGGCACGCCGCCGGCCUCCUCGAGCCCCAUACCACCCUAUGGCGUCCUGAUGUCGACCCACUCCGCGGGAUCCGCCUCCCCGCAGUCGAACUCUAAGACGCCCACGGAUCUGCGGCAGGACCUGCAGUACGUGAGCUCCACCUCGAAGGAACAGCCACUGCAGGUGCAGCUGCAGCCGAUGAACCACCAGUACGCGUCCACCAUCAAGUACUGCUCGAACAACACCAUCCUCAGUGCGGCAGACUACCCGCUGCUGACCAGUCACGGGGUGGAGCAGCAGCAGGCUCCGCAGCAGGUGCAACAGCCUGCCCAGCAGCUCCAGCACUCACCAGGCGGCGCUUACCUGCCGCAGAUCUCCACCUCACCCUCGCAGGUGAUCAGCAAUGCCCAUGGCAUGCAUGCCUUGAACUACUCCGGCUCGAGCUCCUCGCCUGCCAAGUCCUUGAACGGCUCCGACUCCUCGCCGCCCAGUCAGAGUGCCCAGGGAAGCAAGGGAUCGGGUGGUGGCGGUGGGUCCAGCAACCAGGAUGCGCCCAGCACUCCGGACACCACCAAGAAGUCCGGCACCAGGCGGCCCGAGAAACCCGCCCUCAGCUAUAUCAAUAUGAUCGGCCAUGCGAUCAAGGAGUCGCCCACGGGAAAGCUGACUCUCGCCGAGAUCUAUGCUUAUCUGCAGAAGAGCUACGAAUUCUUCCGAGGACCUUAUGUGGGCUGGAAAAACUCGGUGCGCCACAAUCUCAGCCUGAACGAGUGCUUCAAGAAACUGCCCAAAGGCAUGGGCGUGGGCAAGCCGGGAAAGGGGAACUACUGGACCAUCGACGAGAACUCCGCGCAUCUGUUCGAGGAUGAGGGCAGCCUGCGGCGUCGUCCAAGGGGCUACCGCUCCAAGAUCAAGGUCAAGGGCAUCCCAGGCUAUCCCAAUCAUGCAAAUGGAUACUAUAUUGGCAGUUAUGCCGAUGCGGGAAUGGACAAUGCCAAUUGUUACGCAUCGCCCGCCUUCGCCAGCUACGAGUACGGUUCAGCAGGAGCUAAUGGUGUCUCUCCGGCUGGUGGUCAAGGAUUCGGGGAUCCCUGGAACGCCCACGCCGCCCACAGCGGCGCCUCCUCGGUGGGCAUGGGCGUGGGUCCGCUGCCCCAGUACUCCUGCCUGGCGUCUGGGGCAAAUCUGAAUGGAUCCUCCUCCACGCCCCCGCUGGCCCACUCCGCCCUGGGAUCUUUGGCCCCCUCGGCUCCGACCUCCAGUUCGCCCCUGGGAUCGGCGGCGGCGCUUCAAAGCGAUUAUGCGCCAACCGCGAGUAUCGUGGCCGCUGGCUAUUCCUAUGCAACAAGUGCCGGCAGCAUGGAAAACGGUAUGCGCUCGAUGUCCCUGGAGCAGUUGCCCGGACUAUCCAGCAUCCAGCAGGCCCAGGCCCAGGCCCAAGCUCAGGCGCACCACCACCACCACCACCACCAGCAUCACCACCCCAGCCACGGAUCAUCCAUGCACCAAAAUCACGCGUCCAUGACACCGCCGCCAUCGCAGUCCGGAGGCAACCAUGUGAUCGACCAUUCGCCCAUCGAUCGCAAACCGGUUUACCUGCCGCCCAUCACUCCGCCCCCCACCUCGGUCGCUCUGAAUGGCGGCGGGGGCUAUUACGAGAGCCUCAAGUACUCCAAUUAGCCCCUCCCGCUGGCCCAGCAUUCAUCAUUAUUACCUCAAAGGAUACGAUAAUCAAUAGUAAUUAGGCCUAAAGUAGUUGCAUAGUGCUUAGAUGGGAAACUAUAAAUAAAUAAUGUAUUGUACGCGUAGCAAUGAAAACAAACUAUUUAUAAACAAGACAUG